CUCAUCAUGGCGAUGGAAUGGAUUACGGCAAUAGAUAAACGGCCUUGUGACCGGAAUUUACGUGACUGCGAGCUGAUAUCCUGUCGGCUGCGGCGAGUGGAACCACUCUGCAGAUUGCCGGGAUCUGCCCUUCAACAGCUAGCCAUGUGCGGUUUCUACGAGGACCUAGAGAAGGGUGUAACGUUAUUUCGAGCCGGUGAGCAGGGACGCUACUGGUACGCCGUACUGGGAGGCCAGCUGGAGGUCCGAUAUCACGCUGCUGACACGAAGGAUGGGAAGUUGUCAGUGACGCUAUGUAACUUAGGCGUUGGGGCUACCUUCGGUGAGUCGAUCCUGCACGAUCUGCCCCGGGACAGUACGGUCGUCACAAAAACAACCUGCGAACUGCUACGAGUCGAGCAGCAAGAUUUCAGACUGAUUUUUGAGAAAAAUAAAGAAUUAAUGAACGACAUAAUCACAAACUGUAGGCUAAAAAAUGGAUUUGGUCAGAGCAUGCAGACGACCAGCACGGUUCAGACGAACGUGCAGCAGCAACCGUCACCAACGAAAAAGCAGCUCAGUCCGGAUCAUCCCAACCCUGCCGCUCCAAUUACGGAGAUACCAAGCCCCGCAAUGUCCCGCAUGGGUUGGGCCCUCCGGACUCUCCUCGUUUCAGACAAUACAAGCUGUUUAAAGGACCGAAAGGUGGGCGGCAAAUUCAUAAGGAAGUGUGCCCCCGGCACGGAGCUGGUCGAGUGGCUGUUGAAUCUCUCUCCGAUCGUGCACACGCGAACGCAGGCGGCCGGCAUGUGGCAGGCGUUGCUCGAGGAAGGUGUCCUGUGUCACGUGGCAAAAGAGCAACCGUUCAAAGACAAGUGCUUUCUGUAUCGCUUCAAAUCGGACGAGGACGGUACGGCUGGCGGUGCUCCGACAUCCGACGAUGUUAACCACGCGAACGAACACAUCCGGGAGGCACUUCCGGCGCUAUUGCAUCGCGGUCCGGAUGCAACGCUCCGCAUGAUCCUGCGGAAACCGUCACACGAGCGAACACAGGAGGAGCUGGAGCUAGUUUACGAGGAGCUGCUACAUAUCGCCGCCCUGUCGCACCUGUCAACCUCCAUCAAGCGGGAGCUGGCCUCCAUAAUCGUCUUUGAAGCGCACGCACACGCCGGCACCGUAUUGUUCAAUCAGGGCGAUGAAGGCCGGUCAUGGUACAUCCUGCUGAAAGGAUCGGUUGACGUAGUCAUCCAUGGUAAAGGAACAGUCGCAACGCUCAAGGAAGGUGACGAUUUCGGAAAGCUGGCACUCAUCAACGACGCCCCGAGGGCGGCAACGAUCGUGUUGAAAGAGAACAACUGUCUCCUGCUGCGUGUGGACAAGGAACACUUCAAUCGCAUCCUGCGCGAUGUGGAGGCGAAUACGCUACGGCUGCAGGAGCACGGCAAGGACGUACUAAUCCUGGAGCGAGUCGCAAAGCAGCGUGGAUACUCGGCGUUCAAGUACACGGUCAUGUCCGGCACGCCCCAGAAGAUGCUGGAACACCUGCUCGAAACACGACUCGGCGGCCAGGCGGGACCGAACGAUCCGUUCCUGGACGACUUCCUGCUGACGCACAUCGUCUUCAUGCCGACACCGUUGCUGAUCGACGAACUGGCGGCCAAUUUCCACGCCGACGCAGACAUCGACCUGCGACAGGCCAGCGAAGAGGACCAAGAGUACUUCCUCACCAGCAAGCGACGAGUUGUGCAGUUCAUUCAACGAUGGGUUCUGGCCGUGCGACACGCGGUCUUCGACGAUCCGCUAGCGGUUGAGUUUAUCGAGGAACUAGCGACGGACGUCGAAGCGGAACCAGCCCUCCAGGAAGAAGCGAGUAUCAUACAUCACGUGCUAACGCAAUUAUCCCGAUAUCAGGAGGACCGGCAGAUGAACGCGACCCAGAAGUGGAAGCUCCCACCAAACGGCCAACCGAUCUGCCUGUUCAGUGGCAACACACACUCAAAGACUGUUAUACGCCCGGAUGACGAUAUAAUUUUCCGUGUGUACUGCGCCGACCAUACGUACUGCACCUUGCGCUUCCCGAUGGCCACCACGGCCGAGGUAAUUAAGGCCUGUGCCGCCGACAAGCUGCAAAUCGCCCGGCUUCCUGAGGACCUGCUGCUGGUGGAGGUAAAAUCGAGCGGCGAGCGUGUCGUAUUUAAGGAUAACGACGUAAGCCUACCGACGGCUCUCAGUUUAAACGGACGGAUUUUCGUCUCGCCAAAGGACCACCUGGACGCGUUGACACCACUACCCGAACAGGAAAUGCCGACCGAGGCGACGGAUGUGGACUUUGAAGCGCUAUCAACCAAGGACGUCGCUUACCACAUGACACUGUUCGACUGGGAUCUCUUCUGGGCUGUGCACGAGUACGAACUGCUGUACCAUACUUUCGGACGUCAUCAUUUCAAUAAGAUAACUUCGAAUCUGGACGUUUUCAUCAGGCGUUUCAACGAAAUUCAAUAUUGGGUAGUUACGGAGAUCGUCUCGACCACCAACCUCACCAAGCGGAUGUCACUGGUGAAGAAGUUCAUCAAGCUAGCUGCGUUCUGCAAGGAGUACCAGAAUCUGAACGCGUUCUUCGCCAUCGUCAUGGGUCUCUCGAACACGGCCGUUUCGCGGCUGUCCAUGACAUGGGACAAGCUGCCGUCCAAGUUCCGGAAGCUGUUUACCGAGUAUGAGGCCCUGAUCGAUCCGAGCCGGAACCAUCGCGCUUAUCGAAUGUCCGUCGGCAAGCUGCAACCCCCGGUCAUCCCGUUCAUGCCGCUACUGCUCAAAGACAUGACUUUCGCGCACGAGGGCAACAAGACCAGUCUGGACGGGCUGGUAAACUUCGAGAAGAUGCACAUGAUGGCGCAGACGAUGCGUGCAGUGCGGUUUUGCCGAUCGCGUCACUUGGUGCUGGAUCCACCGUCGCCGAAGAACGAGAAUGAAAUUCGUAACUACAUCCGUUGCUUCCGGACAAUCGAUAACCAAAGAGUGCUGAACUCGAUGUCGCAGAAGGUGGAGCCGCGAAGAUCAUAAGUUUGUCCACAGCACAUCCGCAUCUCUCAAUAAUCUCGAAGAAAAGAAAAAAGCGAAGUGGAUGACUCCCAGCAGAAUUCGUUCUAAUCAACCCAACCCGACCAACAGAACCAGAGGAUGCUCGCAUCCUCCUGGCCAAGCUGGUUCCGAGAGACCAAACUUUGAAUGCAUGACUCAUAAAAGGACAGCUUUUCUGUCUCAUAUUCUGCUCACGGGACAGGAUAUCGAACGUGCGAGAUUAUCCCGGAAACGCGUCCCAGGGCACUCCGAUAGAGCCGGAGUUCCGAGAAUGUUGGUCAACUACGCUAACGUUUUGUAAAAUAGCACAAAACAGUUUACCCUAUCCUGUCAAAACUCACCGAAACUCUCCCCUAUACCUAGUAAAAUUUAUUUAUUAAUUCCAUUCCCAUACUUUUCAGCACCUUUUCCUGCCCAGUCUCUGGUUUAUGUUCUGUGUCAUUUGCUUUCUUAGUUAUUACAUUACUUUUUUACAAUCUACGCAUC